AGAANGGAAUCAGGGGAACCAGGAGCACCAGGGGAAUCAGGGGAACCAGGAGCACCAGGGGAAUCAGGGGAACCAGGAGCACCAGGGGAAUCAGGGGAACCAGGAGCACCAGGGGAAUCAGGGGAACCAGGAGCACCAGGGGAAUCAGGGGAACCAGGAGCACCAGGGGAAUCAGGGGAACCAGGAGCACCAGGGGAAUCAGGGGAACCAGGAGCACCAGGGGAAUCAGGGGAACCAGGAGCACCAGGGGAAUCAGGGGAACCAGGAGCACCAGGGGAAUCAGGGGAACCAGGAGCACCAGGGGAAUCAGGGGAACCAGGAGCACCAGGGGAAUCAGGGGAACCAGUAGCACCAGGGGAAUCAGGGGAACCAGGAACACCAGGGGAAUCAGGGGAACCAGGAGCACCAGGGGAAUCAGGGGAACCAGUAGCACCAGGGGAAUCAGGGGAACCAGGAACACCAGGGGAAUCAGGGGAACCAGGAGCACCAGGGGAAUCAGGGGAACCAGUAGCACCAGGGGAAUCAGGGGAACCAGGAACACCAGGGGAAUCAGGGGAACCAGGAGCACCAGGGGAAUCAGAGGAAUCAGGAGCACCAGGGGAAUUAGGGGAACCAGGAGCACCAAGGGAAUUACGGGGAAACAGGAGUAUUAGGGGACAAGAAAAACCCCCUCCCACUGAUAUAUUAGUCAUGUAA